UUUGGGUUAUUUAUUAGAUCCCCCUACGGGCUUUCUCCUCUCUUAGCUCCCAAAAUAUACUAUAAAAGCAACAGCUUCACCUCGUCAGUACCACUCCACUACUCAACCUAAUUAACAGUCGUCUACAACUACAGCAGUCACUCGUCGGCAGAUGUCAGGAGCUGAUUCUACACUUGGAGGCCAGCCCAAAACUCGAACACAGCGCCUCCGUGGACGGGAUUUCUAUCAUGGUCAGUUCCUUCUUUCAUUUUGUUUAAAGCUUUCUUUGCUUAAUCUCUCGUUUUUUAAGGAAUGAUUCAAAGGGCUGACGUCAACGAGCUCCUGGUAAAGAAUGGCGACUACCUGCUCCGAAAGACCAACGCCGGGGAAAGCAGAUUGGCGCUGAGCGUUAAAUGGGCCGAUCAAAUCCGUCACUUCGUUGUGCUCGAGCAGGAAAAGGACGUCUUCUUCGAAGAACAAGGCCAUCACGAACCGGAGGUGGAUGCCCUGGUCAAAUGGCAUGAGCGUAAAAAGAAACCAAUAACUCAACAAUCUGGAGCCAUCAUAAAAAGAGCAAUUGCGAGGGAGGAAUGGGUUUUGACACACGAAUCGGUGACGCUCGGUGAACAAAUAGGCGCUGGACAGUUUGGAGAGGUUUUCAAAGCCAAAUUCAAGACUACACAGGGCACUAAGGUUGACGUGGCCGUCAAGACACUUCGGGAUGGCGAAGCUGUAAGCAAUCAAAAAAGUUUCUUGUCGGAGGCAAGGCUGAUGCGCCAGCUGCGUCACGAGAACGUCGUUCGGAUGUUUGGAGUUGCCGUCUAUGAACACCCAAUGAUGAUUGUCAUGGAAUUGUGCACAGGUGGGAGCCUUCUACACCAGCUUCGUGCUCGACAGACGUCACCCGAGGAGAAGUUUCGUUGGAGCUUUGAGGCGGCCAAAGGCCUGGACUACAUCAACUCCAUGGGGUACGUACAUCGGGACAUUGCUGCGCGUAACUGCUUGCUGACCGAAUCAACGACACUCAAGAUAGCUGAUUUUGGACUCACGCUCAAGACGAAACAAGCUCAGAUGGAAAGCCUUGGGAAAGUUCCGGUCAAGUGGUUGGCUAAAGAGACGCUAGAGCUCGGCAUCUACAACGCCCACACAGACGUAUGGUCAUAUGGGGUCCUUUGUUGGGAAAUAUACAGCAAUGGCAAGGAGCCGUAUCCGGGCAUGAGCAAUAUGCAGGCUAGAGCGCACAUUCUACUUCAUGGCUACCGAAUGCCGAUUCCUGAGGGUACACCAGAAAAGGUUGCGGAACUGAUCACCAGCUGUUGGAACGGAAAUCCAUCGGAGCGGCCUCACUUCAAGGAAAUUGUCGAGAUGCUACAAUAAGAAUAAUAAAGUCCUCUACUAUUUUUCCCUCCCCAAAAACUCAUUUUUGUGAUACUAUUUUUGAUUGUAUAUACAUUUAUACUAAUUUUUGUUCUUUCCUUGUGCCUAAACUUGUUUUUGUUUGUAUUAUUGUAUGUAUAUAAAUUGAUUUUUUGUAGAUAAAAUUUGAUUCUUUUUAUUUUUUCUUGAGAUAGGUUAGG